GCCCUGGUUUUCUUAUCGUUAUCGGCGCGGUCGCGCUGGUCCUAUUUUGCUAUCUAUGGCAGAAGAUAACAAUGGCUUUGGCGAAUGGGGCGGGUACUUCGAGGCGAAGAAGUCCAAGCUCGAAGAACAAUUUGAUGCCGCCAGCGAUCCAUUUCGCAAGACGAAUUUAUUCCAAGGCAUUUCGAUUUUCGUCAAUGGAUUGACGAAUCCAUCGGCCAACGAGCUGAAGCACAUUAUGAUGGUCCAUGGCGGAACAUUUCAUCACUACGAAAGGGCGCACACGAAGUUCAUCAUAGCAUCCAAUCUGCCCGACGUCAAGGUGCGCAACAUGAACACAAGCAAAAUAAUAAGCGCCCAAUUUAUCGUGGACUGUUUGGAAAACAAGCGGGUGUUGGACUACAAGCCAUAUCUGCUGUACACCAACCAGAAAACAACCCAACCAAGACUCGCCUUCGGGAAAGGCAAAAACACGAGUAGAACUAAUGACACUAUGGCCGUUUCCAAUUAUGAGGCUGCACCCGAACCUCCAAUAGUGCCCGAGCUCUGCGAGAAUGACCUGAGCAACAUUCUGAAGGACCUGCAGCAGGCUGUUGCCACCUCUCCCAAGAAGGAGACGGCAGAUAAAACUGUUGCAGAUGUGUCCACGAUAUCGAACAACAGCAGCGCGCGCACUGCCGUCGAUCCAGCUUUUCUCGGCGAGUUUUACAAGAACUCGCGCCUGCAUCACAUUGCCACACUCGGAGCGGGAUUCAAGCAGUACGUAUGCGAGAUGCGUCAGGCGAAUGGUGGCCAGCCAUUUCCCAAACGGGAAGAACUAAGAUCAGUCCUCAGCUGCAACCAGGCAAUGAAUAUGUCGACGGGUUCAGUGCACUACGUCAUGCACAUUGACAUGGAUUGUUUCUUUGUCUCCGUCGGUCUGAGAUCGCAUCCGGAGUGGCGUGGCCUGCCCAUUGCUGUGACUCACUCAAAGGGAGGCAGUGCAGCCACAGACGUACCCGUCCAUCCGCAGUCCGAUCGUCAGGCUGAGCGGAAGCUCUUUGCCGAGCGAUUCGAGCAUCAGCUGCAUGAUAAUGUCCGUGCGGACAAAGUCCGCUCUGGCUUCGACAAGAAAAUGUCGCUCUCGGAGAUCGCAUCCUGUAGCUACGAGGCUCGUGCCAAAGGCAUCCGCAAUGGCAUGUUCGUGGGUCAGGCCUUGAAGCUGUGCCCCGAACUAAAGACAAUCCCCUAUGACUUUGAGGGAUACAAGGAGGUGGCCUUUGCCUUGUACGAUACUGUGGCCCAAUACACCUUAAACAUCGAGGCCGUGAGCUGUGACGAGAUGUUUGUGGAGCUUACUGAUCUGGUGGGGGAUCUCCAAGUGGAUGUGAUGUCAUUUGUGGCCCAUCUCAGGGAGGAGGUUCGCACCAAAACGGGAUGUCCCUGCUCUGCAGGAGUAGGCUCAAACAAAUUGCUUGCACGCAUGGCGACCAAGAAGGCCAAGCCGAAUGGACAGUACUUACUGGGUGCAGGCAUCGAUGUGUUGGGCUACAUGGCCCCAAUGCUGCUGGAAGAACUGCCGGGCGUGGGCUCCAGCAUGCGUCACAAACUCGAGCAAGCAGGUCUGCAGAACUGUGGUGAUGUGCAGGGGGUAUCGCUGGAGACACUAGAAACGGUUCUGGGUAAAAAAUUGGCUCUCACAUUGCACCAGAAUUGUCGUGGCAUUGAUCUACGCCCGUUGGUCUAUGAGCAGCAACGCAAAUCCGUGUCCGCAGAGGUCAACUAUGGCAUACGCUUCACCAAUGCCAGCGAGUGCGAGACAUUUUUGCGCCAGCUCAGUGCCGAAGUGGCCACGCGUCUAACUGACAUCAAACGGAAGGCCAAAUCGAUCGGCUUGAAGGUGAUGGUGCGUGCCGCUGAGGCGCCCAUCGAGGCGUCAAAGUUUAUGGGCCACGGUGUUUGUGACACCGUCAACAAGUCAGUAAUACUGCCCCAUUCCACUGAUGAUGUUAAUGUGAUCACAUCGCAAGUCCUCAAGCUGAUGAAAGAGUCUGGCUUGCCUCCGAAUGAGCUACGUGGGAUAGGCAUACAUCUUAGUAGGCUUUCAGACGCCAACGAGGUCAAAAAGGGAAAUGUUCUCCUGCAGAUGUUUGAGAAAAUGUCAGAGAAGCGAAAGGGUGAAACCAGCACCGUGGAAGUACACGAGGAGCAGCAGCCGAAGGUAUUAGCGGAGGAAAAGGAGGAUAAAAUGGAGGAUGAUUUAAAAAAUCCGCAAGACCUGACAUUUGUACGGAAUACAGCACUAUGGAAGAAUUCUGCCCAUAAAGAGACUCCACUUGAGCCACCGAUCAAUGUCUCCGAUCGAUUAAGCAAAACAACGAUUGAUCUGGACGUAUUCGCCCAGCUGCCGGAGGAUAUACGCCGUGAGGUGCUCGACAACAUGGAUGAACAUCUCCUAUCCAGGGGCUCGGAGCAGUCUGUCAGAACACGUAGAAUGUCAAUAGGACGCCCUCGCAGGUGCUCGCCGUGUCCACCGCCACCGCCGCCGUUGAAAAAUCCGGCACCCAAGGGCUCAAAUGGGGCUCUGGAACUACGACGGGCACUCCGGAAACGUUACCGAGGUGGUGGUACAACAGACCAAAUUGUGGCGGACUAUAUCGACAAGCUGCCCAAUCAUGUUCAUCCAGCAAUUUUUGAGUAUAUCUCCCGACCGGACGGAGAGGUCCCACAGAACAGACUGCCGACUUCAGAAGAGCCCAGCGCCACUGCAGCGAAGCCCAUUUCUCUUCAAAACUAUCUGCUGGGCAGUAACUACAAAUUGAUGCUGGCCGCGUGGGUCAGCAAUGAACAGUAUCCCAACCCAACUGAUAUCAUAAUGAUGAAUGAAAAGAUCAGCGAAUUGGUCACAAGCAAGCAGACGAGUCGGAUUUAUGACAUAAUGAAGCACCUGUGCAGGCUCAUUAAACAGAAACGCGCCGCCUUCUGCGAUUGGCACAUGGCCUACAAAGUCAUCGAGGAAAGUGUCCAACAUCAGAUGUUGGGGUUUGAGGGCUAUUCGCUGAUGUUAGCAGAGAGAAUCGACUGCUGCAAAUGUGAUCAAGAGUGAUGUUAUUUUAAAACAAUGCAUGAAUGGCCGUAGAGAGCCAUAAAGAUUUGGCAUUUAAUGAAAUUCGUCAUCCUUUUAAGGAGCUUUGAGAGAUUAAAAAGAACGUUUUGAUUUUAAAAGUGGAAAAAAUUGA